ACUCAUUAGAUUUUGUCAAUCAUUUGUUCGAUUUGUGAAUCGCAAGAAAACAAGACAUGGACCUGCGGGUAUGGGUUGAAAACAACAAAUAUAUCGUUCGUUCACGAUUAACGAGUUCGUGUUGAGUUCGAGUGCAAACAAAGUUAGCGACAAUCAUUAGAUCUUGUCAAGCAUUUGUCAAUCAUUUGACCGAUUUGUGUAUAGAAAGAAAAUAAGACGAUGAACCUGCGGGUAUUGAAUAAAACAAAAAAUGUAUCGUUCAUUCACGAUUUACGAGUUCGUGUUGAGUUCGAGUGCGAACAAAGUUAGCGUCAAUCAUUAAAUCUUGUCCAGCAUUUGUCAAGCAUUUGACCGAUUAGUGUAUAGGAAGAAAAGAGUGUCUGCAGAAUAAUUGAUAGGGCCAUGUGAAAUUAUGAUUGGGCCAUGCAUGUGUAUGAUUGGGCCAACUGCUAAACUACGUAUAGCACCUGCUAUCUAGGAAGGAUUUUUAUGUCGAAAUCAUGAUGGGGCCAUGUGUAGUAAAUCGUUCUGCUUCUCUUCCAAUUUGCACCAUCUGUACAUUUUUGUUUUAUCACGUCUACUGCUUGACAUUUAAAGACAAUGAUUGUGAGCUGUAGUAGGGUCAAUGUUUGUACGAAAUAUUGUAUUCCGUUUGUAACAAUUCGUGUUAGAUAUUUAGGGCCAUGUGUACGAAUCAAACUUUUUGAAAUUCUAGUUGCGUCUAUCAUGCAUUUUCUCGUCGUUCCAUAUUGAUUGUCAUUGUGAAAAAAAUCCUAGGGCCAUGUGUACAAAACUGUCAUCGCCGUUUUCUGCCAAACCCAAUUUUUCUUGGGUUAUCUUCGGUAAUUAUGUGACAGAUUAUUUACAGGAGUCCAGGGCCAUGUGAACAUGUCUUUCUUUGUUUUUGUAAAAAAUCUUUCCAAUUUAUUUUGCGAAAUUAUUUAGGGCCAUGUGAAGUAGUGUAGAGAUCUUUUAUUCCUCCGUUCUGUAGAAAUUUCUGCAAUUUUCUUGAAAGCUGCUUAAUGCAUUCAUCCCGUCUUGAGUGCGAAUCAUCGUGCAAUAUACUCUAGGGUCAUGUGUUAAGUAUCAUGAUAGCUAUUUUGAAGCUUAAAAAAAAGCUCAAAUGUUGGAUCUACGUUUUCUUGUAUACUCUGUAUAUUCCUCACCUGUUGUAACUUCACCGUGGUUAAUGGAGUGAAAUACUCUAUAGGGCCAUGUUUAAGAAUCUACUUUAUUCGUCCAUGUGACAAAAAAAUUCUUGGAAAUCUAUUGUUUAAAAAUCUCUUCAUGUAUAAGACCAUGUGCAGAUCUUACAGAUUCAUUGAAACUGUAGCGGUCGUGAAACGUAAUCAGAAUGAUGGGUUCAACGAUUCCACGAUUAUUUUGUGACAUGAAAUAGUCUCUGAUCCUUGUCGAAACGUGUCUUAUGGACAUGAAGUAUUGUUUGUGAUUUGUUCUUCCAUAAUAUCCGAUUCGCAAAGAUCGAUCGAAUUGCCUUUUGUGUUAGGGCCAUUGUGUCAAUUUUGUUUCUUGUAAAUCAGGUGUAAUGACACCUGUAGCGUCGGAUACACCUUGUAAUCGCUCUGUAAAGUGUAUAGCCUGAAUUUACAGGAUGAAACAAUGUGCAUUAAUUAAUUUAACAACCACAACACCAGUGGAGGAUUUGAUCGAUGGUACAUUUGAAUUCUGAUAAGUCCGAUCACAGCUGGUCGGCAAUGUGAAUGUUGUUUCCCUUUGAACCGCGUUGCGCGUCAGUGGAUGCGCGUUGCCAUGCUUUGCGCAAACUGGAAUAUCAUCUUUGCGACCAGUAGGCCAAUUUAUCGAUUUAGAAUAAACUAAGCUUUCAUUCUCAACGGUUGAAUCCAUUAAAGUGGUCAGGUAAGGCCACUAAUUUGAUUAUUUUCACUGUCUGUAUGUAAGAUACUUUGCAUCCAAUUAGGCUUAGAGAUCUAAGUGGCGUAGACCUAAACUAAGUUUCCCUUUUUUUCUCUAUGGUUGUAUCUUUAUAGUGGUCAGGUAAGGACUACUAAUAUACGUUUCCUUCUCUUUAUACCACAGCACCGGUCACAAAUUUGAUCAGGAAUCCACUGUACAUUGUAGCUACAAAACCUAGCUCCGCUAGGAAGACUUCUUUUAUUUUCAGCAACUUGCAAUUAGAUUAGGAGGACCGGCAAGCCAGAGUGCUCAUGUCAGGAGCUGCUGACACGGAGGAACCGGAAGCAGGGAGGAGGAACACCGGAUGACUGAAGACCCUGCUUGCCGGGCAUCCCAUUACUGAUUUCCCAGAGAUGACGGUCUGCAAGAUGAGAUGUCAUUCUGGACGAAGAUACAAUCACUUCUGAAUCCCAAGGAACCGGAAGCAGGGAGGAGGACCGACGGAAGGACUGAUGACCUGCUUGCAGAGCAAGUCUUCACCAAUUCUUGAGAUUCCUCUUGUUUCGUGUAAGCAGCAGAGACGAUGACAAUAUACAUAACGGAAUGCAGUUUUUCACCAAGCACUAUGGAAGAGGAAAGCUUUCCCCGAGGUCGUGGCAAGAAAGGCAAGACCGAUUCGUCGCUGCAGAAGAAAUCUUUCAAGAGAAAGCGUGAACAGGAGGUUCUGUUCAAGGAUGAUGGCGCUUCAGAGAGGAAAAAGGGCAAAGUGACACAGAGAAAGGAGAAGAAAUCCAAGAAACCCAAGGUGGACGAAGAGGAUGAUGAGUCUCCACUUAAGCGGUUUCAGUGUGAGGAGGAGGCAGAGGAACUGAUGGAGAGUCUUGGGGAGGGGUCGGGGACCGCAUCCAAGACUGCGUCCAAGACAGCAUCCAAGUUCUCUCAACUCACAAAAAAGACUAUUUCAGCGGACAUGUUGCUGUUGGGAGUAGUGAAGGAAGUGCACGAGUACGAGAUCGUGGUCAGCCUACCCAACAUGAUGACCGGCUAUGUGCAGAUCACAGACGUGUCGUCAACAUAUACCAAGCUGUUAGAGCGGCUGGGAGAUGAGCUGAUGGAGUCAGCGGAAGAUGCGCGGGAUGUACCAAGUCUGCAGACCAUCUUUAGGGAGGGCCAUCAGGUCAUCUGUAAGGUUAAAUCAGUGGGGUCAACAGGAGCAGGGAGACAACGCAUCCACCUGACCCUUGACCCACAGGCUAUUCAUUCUCAUUUUAGCCCCAACAUGCUUAAACCAGGAAUGGUGAUAGCUGGCAGUGUAUCCAGCAUAGAGGAUCAUGGCUACGUCAUUGACGUCGGCAUACCGGGGGUCUACAGCUUUCUCAGUACUGCUUUGGCUGAGACCUUCGUCAAGACACACAAUCAAGGGCAACCGUUGCUCAUCGCCCAGCCAAUCAAAUGCCUUAUCAAGGAUGUGAAAUCCGACGGGAGGUCUCUGGUGCUCUCAUCCAAUCCUGCUUCGGUUGCCAAGGCAACGGCCAAGGCGUCUUCCAACGACAGCUUUGCCUCGCUCCUGCCGGGCACAAAGGUCAAGGCCACCGUUCAAAAUAUUUCCACAGACGGUAUCAAAGUUGGCUUCCUGUCCUCAUACAAUGGCUGCAUAGAUCAACUACACUUCGAAGACAACAGCUUACCGCCCACGCAGUACAAGAAAGAACAAGUGGUCCGGGCCUGCGUGAUAUUUCAGUGCCUUAACAGUAAAUCCCUGGGGUUGAGCCUGAUGCCAGCACAUACUGAAUCAACGGCAGAUGAGCAACCUCUGUUCCAGGGCCUACGCGCCGGUGACACCAUCAAGAAAGCCAAGAUUGUCAGGAUAGACCCCAGCAUCGGCAUGUUGCUGCAGCUGAACGAACGGGACAGGGGCUUUGUUUAUCUGCCGCACAUAUCAGACAAGAAGUUGACCAAUGCCAAGAGUCUAUACAAAGUCAGCAACAAGGUGGCGUGUAGGGUACUAGACUUCAACUGGAUGGACAGGAUCGCCAUGGUAUCCAUGAAGCAGUCAGUAUUGGAUCAACCGUUCCUCGGUUACCAUGACAUCAAGCUUGGUGCCCUGGUGAAGGGUACGUUAACAGCUAUUGUGGAGAAGGGACUACGCAUUAAGAUAUCCGAUCACGUGAGUGGGUUCAUACCCAGCGCACACAUGGCUGAUGUGAUUAUUCAUAAACCGCAAAGCAAAUUCACUGUCGGUGAACUGUUGGAACUGAGGGUCAUGUACGUGGACCCAGACAGACGUCGCCUUUUGCUAACACACAAGAAUAGUCUGGUGCACUCUGAACUGCCUAUCAUAACCUCCUAUGACCAGCCUCGCAAGGAUAUGAUACUACACGGAUUUAUCGUCUCCAUUAAGGACUUCGGUUAUCUUGUGCGUUUCUACAAUGACGUCACAGGUCUGAUUCCCCGAGCAGAGCUCUGUUCUGGCCCAGAGCCAGUACCGGCCGACGCUUACUACGUGGGUCAAGUUGUCAAGUGCCGCGUCAUCAAGACCUAUCCGCCAGAAGCCAAACGCAUCACACUGUCACUCCGGCUGUUGGCUGAGGAGAAACAGCUUAAGGAAACUGACUACCGGAACCCAAAUAUGGGCCAGCUGGCAGAGGUCAAAGUGACAAAGGUCAGAGACCUUGGGCUGGAGGUCACGGUUCUUCCUGAGGGCACGCCGGCUUUCCUUCCCACGGUGCACCUGUCAGACUUUCUAGAAAACUGUGGCCUGAUGCUUGCAUGUUACGAGAAGGGUGACACCAUAAGUGAUGCCAUGCACUGGUCGUUCUCUUCCACCAGAAAUUGUGCCGUCGUCACGCACAAACCCGUGCUGUUACAAGCCAGGCAGAAUAAUGAGUUGAUCAGUGGCUUUACUGAGGUGCAGUCAGGCACUCUGGUGGUGGGAGCGGUCAAGCGAGUCAUGCCCUACGGAAUCUUCAUUGAACUCCCCAAUAAUGUCGUCGGACUGGCCCCGAAAGCUGCUAUGUCUGAUGACUUCAUCAGCAGCUCCAACGCAUUCCAGCCAGGCCAGACGUUGAGGGCGCGAGUCACCGAGGUGGACCAGGAGAAAUCUCGCUUCCUGCUCAGCCUGAAGUCCUCCAUCUGCCUCCCGAAGAAAGGGGAAGGGCGGAGCCUGUUGCAGCAGUACUUCCGUGAGAGGGAUGUGGUCUGUGAGAAACUGGCUAAAAAGGAAGGUUGGAAGAAACUGUUGGAGAUUCAGAUUGGUUGCGAAGUCGCGGCCAAGAUAACCCACAAAGUAGAAGGAGGUGUGCUAUGUGAAUUGUCCAACAAACUGCGUGGAUACAUCCCAGAUACUGAUAUCGGAGAGCAAGACAUUGAGGUAGGCUCGAGGGUCACAGCCUAUGUCCUUCACAUAGACCUUGGUGCCAAAAUGGUCGAACUUUGCCUGGAUCCCGAAACCAUUCGCCUCAUGGCAACGGAUUCCAAGAGAAAGACGCCCAAAAAGGAGCGAAGUACUGAAGACGGAGAGGCGAGAGUCGUCCUGGUAAAAGACGACUUCAUCCUGGUGUGUCUGAAAGCUUCGGGAAAGUUGGCCUACAUUCCUUCGAGAAGGCAUCUUAACGACAUUCGGACAGGGGAUGAUGUACUAAUGGUUGGCCAGACGAUAAAAGUUGUCAAACAAAAAACGAUCAACAACCGCAUCCUGGCCAACGAGUUUGUCAGCAACAAGAAGGAACAAAAGAAAGUCGUCAAAAAGAUUGAAGAUGCAGAAGACACCCCGAAAGCAGAGAGAAAAGAGAAAACAAAGAAGACACCCCAGGAAUUAAUUCAAUCUCCCAGCUUGCAAGUCGGUCAAAAGGUUACUGCCAUAAUAAGAUCCAUACAGGAAUGCCAAUUGAAUGUCAAGGUGAAUCAUGUUGUUCCUGGCAGAAUCCAUGUUACGGAGAUCACAGACAAGAUGGUCCCUAACAAGUUCCCACUGAACCGAUUCAAAGAAGGCAUGAAGGUGGAGGCCAAGGUCAUAGGUCACCGUGAGGUCAAGGAUCACCGCUACCUACCCAUUACACACACCAACUUCACCAGACUGGCGUUGGACUUGACAAUAAGACCAAGUAAACUGAACAAUGAUAGCUACAGUGGUGAAGACGAAUCACUGGAGAAACAGCUAGAGACAUACCAAGCUGGACAGACCAUCAGUUGUGUAGUACAAAAGUAUGCAGACAAUAUCCUGUGGGUAUUGGUGACCGGUUUCCUGCAGGGCAAGGUCUACCAGUUAAAUCUGUCCAAGAAUCUCGGCGUCUUGGAGCAACCCGCCAAGUUCUUCACGCCGGGGUCCGUGCGACAAGCCAAAGUCGUCAGUGUCGACCACAAGCAUCAUGUUCUGGAACUGACACUAGUCGGGAGUGGUUCCACUGAGCUGAACCCAGGCAUGGUCACCAACGGCCGGAUUAUGAAGGUAUUGCAUGGUAUUGGCCUGGUCAUUCAGCUACCCUGUGGCUAUCGCGGGCGAGUCUUUCUGACAGAUCUGAGAGACCACUACACAGACGCUGCACUGAAGGGGUACAGAGAGAAACAGUUUGUUAGGUGCUGUGUUCUGGAAGUGACAAGCAAAGACAACGUUGCUUUGUCCAUGCGACCGUCAACAGUCAGUAAGCACCAUGAUCCCACCAUUGAUCGGGAUAUAUCGUCCAUUCAAGACCUCUCAGUAGGAGAUGUAGUCAAAGGUUACGUCAAGAACUUCACCAAAGUGGGCGUCUUUGUCAGCUUAUCAAGAAAGUUGCAGGGGCGAAUUCAGCUGAAGAACCUGUCAGCGUCGUACAUCAAAGAUCCAGAACCUCUCUUCCCUAAAGGCAAACUCCUCACAGUUAGAGUUCUAAGCAUUGAUAAGAAGUCCAGUAAGAUAGAGCUGUCUUCCUCAAGUGCAGACACUGGUGCAAAGGACCCCGUACCCAAGGAAAGUGGGACACCAAAACCACAGGCUAGGAAGAGAAGACGUCAAGAUUCACAGGGUGACGAUUCUGACAGCGGCUUAGAAGAACCAGAAACGCUGAGUGACUCGGAGGUGGAGGUUGUACACAGACCACAAGAGGAUGUCCCGGUGGCCAGACUACAGGUUGCUUCAGGUUUCACCUGGGACAGCAGCCUGAAGACAAAGGAGGAGACGAGCAUGACAGUGUUGCUGGGCAACCAGGAGGACUCCGGCAGUGAUGAGAGUGAGGUGGAGGAGGAACAGACUUCUCUGAAGGAGCCCCCACAGAAGAAAAGCAAGAAAGAGAAACAAGCAGAGGAGAAGGCGGAAGAAGAUUUACUCUACAAGAUGGAGCGUGAGUUGAUGGACGAUGACCGGACGCCGGAGACCGCCGACGAGUUUGAUCGUUUGGUCUUGAGCUCGCCCGACUCCUCGCUAGUCUGGGUGCGCUACAUGGCAUUCCAUCUGCACUCGGCCGAGACGGAAAAGGCCCGGGCGGUGGCAGAGAGGGCUCUGAAAACCAUCAGUUUCAGAGAGGAGCGAGAGAAGUUGAAUGUCUGGGUGGCCUACCUGAACCUUGAGAACCUGUACGGCACAGAGGAGACGUUACUCAAGGUGUUUGAGAGGGCCCUGCAAAACUGCGACUCGCUCAAAGUCUUCCAGAAUCUUGUCAGCAUUUACUCCCGCACUGGCAAACUCGAGUCAGCAGAGCAACUGUACAAUACCAUGGUGAAACGCUUCAAUCUGAACAAGGACGUGUGGAUCAGCUAUGGUAACUUCCUGAUGCAAAACGGACGCCAAGACGCCGCGCACAAACUCAUGCAGAGAAGCUUCAAGAGCCUGACUCCCAAAGAACACAUUGAUGUGAUUGUCAAGUUUGCACAGAUGGAGUUCAAAUUUGGCGAGGCCGAGCGCGGCAAAACCAUGUUUGAGAAUGUCCUGAGCAACUACCCCAAGCGAACCGACAUCUGGUCAGUCUACCUUGACAUGAUGAUCAAGCAAGCAGAUGUGCAGGCCAUCAGACACCUCUUUGAAAGAGUCAUCCACCUCAGUCUCUCGGCCAAAAAGAUGAAGUUCUUCUUCAAGCGCUACUUGGAGUUUGAGAAGAAGUGCGGCACUGAGGCGGACGUGGCUGAAGUCAAGCGGAAAGCCCUUGAAUAUGUGGAAUCGAAGAUGACGGUCGACACAGAGGCAACAUGAGGAAAGAUCAAGCAAUGCAUCAUAUCCCUUUGCAAUUUAAACGAUGAUGCAUGAUUAGGUUUUACAGAGCUAAGUUUUUUGGCUGUACAGUUUUUGGGUGGGGGAUGUUCGUAGUAUUUGUCUUUUAUCAUGGUCUUCUCCAGAAAUGUACCUACGUACACUAACCCCUGCAUGCCAUGCCUCCAAUAAAAGAAAACCCGACCAGCGGCCUUUAAUUUGGGUUUUUCAUCAAGACUGAAUCAGGGUUAGGGAUCUCUCUUAUCUCAAGAUUUUAUCUCGUUGAGGCAGUUCAGCACCAGAUGAAUGCCUACCACCAUCAGGGAACAAUUAGUAUCACUUGACUUAACGACUAGUAUGGCAUG